GAUCGGUCCGCAGACACAAUGUUCAAGCCGUGGAUAAUUGUCUUCACUUGGCUGAGGGACCGCGUCGAGGUGCCCCGGCAGUGGAGCGCGUUCAAACCGCAUUUCAACUUCAUCAAGAUUCAUUACCUCUACCUCAUCUUCAUGGCCCUACUCACCUCCGUCAUUCUCUAUGGUGCAGACAACAUGGACUAUAUCGAUGCCCUCUACUUUGCAAGCGGUUGCGCCACUCAGAGUGGCCUGAAUACAAUCGACGUCAACAAACUUGCCCUGUACCAACAGAUCGUCAUGAUGAUUGUGACGUGCAUGUGCACCCCCAUCUUUAUCAACACCGUCGUCGUCUUCAUUCGCCUGUACUGGUUCGAGAAGCGAUUUCAGAAAGUCGUCGUCGAUGCGCGCAACAUGCGACGCCAGCGAACGAGAUCCCGGACCAAGAGCGAAGCCAAGGCCGAUUUGGAACAGGAUAUAGGCAAGGAAGAGAACGGGGUCGGUGACCGGGAAAUUGUUGUCUUGAGGGGACUCAACGGCCACGCACAGGGACAGAGGCUCGAUGAGGAAGGCAACUUUGUCGCCGAAGAUCAGGAAAACGAGGGUAGCGCGUCGGCAUCCAGCUCUGGCAAGCUGCCCGAAGUGCCGUCCAUUGAGAAGACCGAAACCGUGCAGCCUUUCCGUCGGGACAUUGCGUUUGCAGAUGAGGUCGAAACCCCCGUGGAGCGUCUCCCGCAAAAGAACAAGGAGAUGAGCAUAGCUUUUGUCGAGAAGCAACGAAACCCCUCCGACACGGCUACCUUCCGCAUUCCUGGCCCCAGAGAUUACGACAGAGGCUUGGUGCCAGAACAAAUAACAGCUGGCGACGGUCCGGAUCCUGGCGAUGCGCACGAGGAUGGCGAGCGCCCCAUCAGGCACGAGAGAUCGAGGUCACUGUCGGUCCCACCUGAUGGGCUAAACGCCGAUGAUCACCCUUUCAGGAACCACAUUACCAUCGACGUCCCCGAUGCACCAAGGCGGCCCACCGUCGGUCCUUCGGUGUACAACAUGCGCCGAAGAAACUCUGAUGCUGAAAGCACAAGUCAGAACAUGACUCUCCGCAGCAGACAGAGAACAAGAACGUUUGGCAGUUUCCUAUCCAAGGAGAGGGACAGGGAGGAAGAGGAUGCCAUGCCUUACCUCAGCUGGACCCCAACUGUUGGACGCAAUUCGGCAUUUGUGGACCUGUCGGAAGAUCAGAGGGAGGAACUGGGCGGUAUUGAGUAUCGCUCUCUGAAGCUUCUGCUCGUCAUCCUCAUCUGUUAUUACGUGGGCUUCCACCUUUUCGGGAUGAUCACCAUGCUUCCUUGGGUUGUCAGGAGCAGGCAGUACUCGGAGGUUGUCACCGCCAUCAAUGAGACCCCCGUGUGGUGGGGCUUCUUCACGCCAGCGUCCAUGUUCAAUGAUCUUGGCUUCACACUGACUCCCGACUCGAUGAUCUCUUUCCAAAAGGCUGUCCUUCCCCUCCUAAUUGGCACCUUUCUUAUCAUCAUCGGCAAUACAGGAUUCCCUUGUAUGCUUCGAUUCGUCAUCUGGACCAUUUCCAAGGUCGUUCCGCAUCGCAGUGGUAUUUGGGAAGAGCUGAGGUUUUUGCUGGAUCACCCUCGUCGUUGCUUCACGCUUCUUUUUCCUAGUAGCACCAACUGGUGGCUCUUCUGGGUGCUUGUGGGUCUCAACGGUAUUGACUUGAUCUUCUUUGUCAUACUCGAUAUCAACGCCAAAGUGGUGGAAGACCUUCCUCCCGCAUUCAAAUUCCUCGACGGUCUGUUCCAGGCAGCAUCGACCCGUACCGCUGGCUUUGCGGUUGUCGACCUCGCGCAGCUUCAUCCGGCUAUCCAAGUGUCUUAUCUGGUCAUGAUGUAUAUCUCCGUUUUCCCCAUUGCUAUUAGUAUGCGCAAAACGAACGUGUACGAAGAGAAGUCGCUCGGCAUCUACGCUGGCGAUGAUGAAGGAUCCGGCGAAUCGUCGUACCUCGGAACUCAUUUGCGCCGCCAACUCUCGUUCGAUCUGUGGUUCGUUUUCCUGGGAUUCUUCUUCAUCUCCAUCAUCGAGGGCACGCGCCUCGGCAACGACAAGGACAUCAAAUUCACCCUCUUCUCCGUCCUCUUUGAAAUCGUCUCCGCCUACGGCACCGUCGGCCUCAGCCUCGGCUACCCAGACACCAGCACCUCCUUCUCCGCUCAGUUCAAGCCCCUCUCCAAACUCAUCAUCAUCGCCAUGAUGCUCCGCGGUCGCCACCGUGGCCUCCCUUACGCCCUCGACCGCGCCAUCCUCCUUCCUUCCGAGAGCCUCCACAAGAAGGAAGAGGAGGAUGCAACUAGGCGCGCUCGUCGCAGCAGCAUGGGCGUCAACGAGCUGACGCACACCAUUAGCGAGGGCAGUCCGACGCUCGUCAGGACCGGCACGGGGAGGAGCGCGGGCUCCGAGGCUACGAGGGGCAGGUGGCGGGCGAGGGAUGUCGGGAGGUUCAUGUCUGGUGCUCUGCAUGCUGGGCCUACUACGCAGAGGGAUAGAGAGAAGAGGGCUUGA